CCUCUCUCCUGCUCUCCAGGACCUGUUCUGCAUCUUUUCGCAGUCACUACAGGCGGGGCAAGCCUCUCUCGGUCGGGAAUCCAACUCCCGGCUUGUGGCCAUACGGUCUUGUGUCUCUGCAGUAUUCUGCCCCGCUGAGGGAGAUACUGAUUGAUCAGUCGUCACUAAUUAGUUACUCUGCUGGUACCUAUCUCCAGGGUGCCUGAACCUAUCUCCCCUUAACCCAGGUGUCGUGGUAUCAGCAACAUGUCGGAUGCGCUCUCCGAAGCGGAUAAGAUCCGCAAUAAGCGUCUCGCGAAGCUGGGAAAUCCGUCAUCGUCGUCUUCACAGGCCUCGUCGCAAGCUCCCAACGACUCAGAGCCUGCAGCCGACCGGCCGGCGACACCGCAGCUAGGCAUCGCCCCUCAAAUAAACCAGCCAUCCCGUUCGUCGAGUGCUGCUGCCAGCGGCGCCCCCUCUCCGUCGGCUUCUCCACGACCAGAUGUCCAGCAGCAGUCCGAAGGAAAACGUAUCAAGAUCAGCCCCGCGGCGACGCCGACGAUACGAGCAGAUGAGACGCUGGAGGACUUUGAGAACCGCACGCUGAGCGCGGUGUUCAAGCUCUCCUUGGACGAGGGCCGGCAGCAGGACAUUCAUGGGCACAGGCUGACCUAUCUGCCGGGCUUAAGGAGCGAGCUGGAAGAUGAGGGUCGGGGUCUGCGCGUCGACACCUCAGUGCUAGACCAGGCUCUUCUGGAAGCCGCGUCGAAUGCGGAUCGACAGAAGCCUUUGGAUUAUCUCUUGCCGUGCUGGAAGAGGAUCCAGCGGCUCUACAAGGGCUUCCGCCGAGUGCGAGACGAUGAUCCGAGGUUCAGCGUCAUCUGUGAGGCCAGGCGCCUCUGUUUGAGCUACUGUAUCUUUGCUAUUACUAUGCCGGAGAUGUUUGGACUCGACUCAUCUGCAAAGUCCCCGCUUCAGCAACAUCUACUUUUGGACCCUGAGGAUGACAAGGGGGUUGAUUUUGAGUUCCUGGCCGAGGCGGUGCGGAGGUUUGAAGAAGAUGACACGAUCAAGCCUGCUCUCAUUGCUGCCGUAGAGGGACUUAGUCGGGAUCUUGCAAAGAAAAAUGUCAAUGAUGAUUAUAAACCAUAUGUUUUGGCUCUGCGAAACCUUGUUCGUCAUGCUACCAUUGCAGCUGCUAUUACCGAGUCGCCCAUAUUCAACACAUCGAAGGACCCUGCGUCCUUUGAGAAAGUAACUCUGUUGGGUCCGUGGUUUGCACUAUCUCCCCUCCAGAGCGAUGUCACCAUGUCCUACUUUUCCAGCCCGAAAACACGAGACCAGGCGUAUAUUUUGAACUCUCAGAGAUCCCUUCGAAUGACGCAGCAAAUCCUCAACUCCGACCUUCUCGACAUAAUCAACCAUAUGAUUCGAGCGUCGAAAGAUGCGAGAGACCGGGUCCUGGACUGGUUUGCGGCGGCAUUGAACAUCAAUCACAAGCGAAGAGCCAUGCAAGUCGAUCCCACUACAGUAUCAUCGGAUGGGUUUAUGUUUAACCUCACUACCUGCAUGGAUCAACUUUGCGAACCUUUCAUGGAUGCUACGUUUACCAAGAUCGAUCGAAUCGAUGCCAACUAUCUCCAUCGCAACCCUCGCGUCAAUAUGAAAGAUGAAACGAAGAUCAACGCCGAUCAGCAUGCCUCUGAAAAAUUCUACUCCAAGUCGGCUGAGGGCACGUCGAACUUCAUCACUGAGAUCUUCUUCUUGACGGUUGCUGCCCACCACUAUGGUAGUGAAUCGCUGACGUCAAAGUUGGAGCAGCUGGAAAAGGACCUCCGCCAUAUGGAAUCAACAAUCAACAAGUUUGAGCUCGAAAGGCAUAAAUGGCUGAACAACCCCGCCCAGCUGCGGGUGUUUGAGCAGGCUCUAAAGAAAUACAAGGACAAGUUCGAUCUUGGCCUGGCCUUGAAGUACAGCCUCCAGGGCUUACUCUUUGACGAUCAAUGGCAGGCACGCUCGAUGUUGUUCAUGCGAUAUGUUAUAGUCUGGUUGCUACGGCUCGUCUCUGGCAAGAACUUCCCCAAGGAACAGAUCCAGUUGCCUCUGCCGGAAGAACAGCCGGAAAUUUUCCAGUGUCUUCCCGAGUACUUCUUGGACGACAUUGUCAGCAAUUUCAAGUUCAUUAUGUGGUGCAUGCCCCAGAUCAUCACUGCCACGCAAGGCGAUGAACUUGUCAUGCUCUGUGUGGCUUUCUUGGAAAGUUCAGACUACAUCAAGAAUCCAUAUCUGAAGGCGGGUUUGGUUUCGAUUCUCUUCCGCGGGACAUGGCCGCGCCCUGGUGGCGCCCGGGGCUCUCUGGUAGACUUGUUGAAUUCCAUGCCCUUUGCCAACGAAUAUCUCCUACACUCUCUGAUGAAAUUCUACAUCGAGGCCGAGCAUACGGGGGCCCACACCCAGUUCUACGACAAGUUCAACAUCCGUUACGAGAUCUUUCAGGUCAUCAAAUGCAUCUGGCCCAACCCUCUCUAUCGAACCAAGCUCUUGAACCAGGCCAAGCAGAACCUGGACUUCUUCGUUCGAUUCGUUAACCUUCUUCUCAAUGACGUGACGUAUGUUCUUGACGAGUCUUUCAGCGCAUUCGUCACCAUUCAUGACACCCAGGUGGAACUCACCCGGAAUGGCACCACCAUGGACCAGGCCAUCCGACAGGAAAAAGAAGAGGCGCUGGCUGCGGCGCAGAACAAGGCCAAAUCCUACAUGCAGCUGACGAAUGAGACGGUGUCCAUGCUGAAACUCUUCACCGAGGCGUUGGCAGACUCUUUCACCAUGCCUGAGAUCGUGCAGCGACUCGCGGACAUGCUGGACUAUAACCUGGACGCGAUGGUGGGGCCGAAGAGUUCCAAUCUCCGUGUCGACAACCUGCAGGAGUACGGGUUCAAUCCACGGGCCCUGCUGAGUGAGAUUGUUGAUGUCUAUCUCAAUCUCCUAGAGAAAGAGAACUUCAUCUAUGCCGUCGCCCGAGACGGACGUUCUUAUAAGCCAGCCAACUUUGAGAGAGCGGCCGACAUCCUUCGCAAAUAUUCUCUGAAGUCGCCUGAGGAAAUGAAGAAGUGGGACGUGUUGCAGAAGAGAGUUAAGGAGGCCAAGGAAGCCGACGACCAGGCCGAGGAGGAUCUUGGAGAGAUUCCGGAUGAGUUCCUGGAUCCUCUCAUCUAUACCUUGAUGGAAGACCCCGUCAUUCUCCCGAGCUCUAAAAUAUCCAUUGACCGCUCGACCAUCCGGUCUCAUCUCCUCAGCGAUCCUCAUGAUCCGUUCAACCGUGUCCCUCUCAAGAUGGAGGAUGUGAAGCCAGACACCGAACUCAAAGCCAAGAUCGAGGCCUUCAAGGCCGAUAGGAUAGCCGCCAAACGACAGCCACUUGCCCACUCUGCGCCGGACGGUAUGGACACAUCUUCCGGUUGAGGCUGUGUAGUAUUUGGGACCUGCAUUCCCAUCUGACAGCUCCUUGCCUUUGGGAAAAGCUCAUCAAGUCCGUGGAUUAGUCAACCAAUGUAUACGUCAUCGGCUAGCUGUAGGUGUGCUCAUGAUUUCCAUAACUAGUAAAUCCUCUACAAUCACUCCGUACGUCCCAAGAACAGUUCUUGGUAAUCGUUUCCAGCU